AUGGAAGAGAAACCACUGACACAAGAUCAGAUCAUUGAGUUUAAAGAGGCCUUUUGUCUCUUCGACAAAGACGGCGACGGUUGUAUAACUUUGGAAGAAUUAGCAACAGUUAUACGUUCAUUGGAUCAGAAUCCGACAGAACAAGAACUUCAAGAUAUGAUCACUGAGAUCGACUCUGAUGGUAAUGGCACCAUUGAAUUUGCUGAGUUUCUCAACCUCAUGGCCAAAAAACUUCAGGAAAGUGAUGUAGAAGAGGAGCUUAAAGAAGCUUUCAAAGUCUUUGACAAAGACCAAAAUGGUUAUAUCUCUGCCAGUGAGUUGAGUCAUGUAAUGAUAAAUUUAGGGGAAAAGCUAACAGAUGAAGAAGUUGAACAAAUGAUAAAGGAGGCAGAUUUGGAUGGUGAUGGUCAAGUCAAUUAUGAUGAAUUUGUCAAGAUGAUGCUCAACAUUGGCUAA